AGCCACAGCAAUUUCCAGAUCAGUAGACAUGUCCCGGGUAAACUUCAUGAACUGUCCUUGCUGGGACCCUUGGAAGAUAGGAUGUAAAAGACUUAAAAAGGCCAAACCAGGGACGCUGGCUCAGAUGACAAAGUCAUAUCCAGUCAGUGCAGGAGUGAAAGACCAACUGAAGUCUCGGAGUUCUCUAAAAUUUCCAGGUCCACCUGCAACGAAGUUUGUUCCCAGAUCAUCUAAAAUACUGUUACGGAGCAGGGAGCCUCAAGAUAUCUCCAAGGACUUUUCAGAGCUUUCUCCUGACUUUCUUUUGUCUCAUGCAAAAGGGAGACAUUUUUUCACCCUGAGGGAGGAGUCCUCUGAUACGAAAAGGCCUGCUGACACAUCCUUUUCCAAACCCAUUUUGCCCAGCACACCACCCAAGCUGCAGACGGAAGACAUCGUCGCUGACUUAGUGGAACAGAUUUCAGAGCUCACAGGCAUUAUGGAGCAGUUGUGCCGAGAUCAUGAAACGACCCACAAGCAGCUGGAGAACGAGAUGGAAGAAAAAUGCAACGAACUGCAUAAGGAACAUGAAAGUAAAGUCAGGCAGAUUGAAACACUUCAUAAAGCAGAAAUUGAAAGUUUGGAGGAACAGUACAAGAAAGAGCUGCGGAUGGAGAGGGCAACCGCGCAAGAGAAGAUGAGUGGCAUGCAGAAGGAAUACAAGUAUCUGAAGAAUGCAUUCCGCGUGUACCAGGACAGCAUUUCUGAUGAAAUGGAAGAAAAGUGGUUGAGAAGGCAAGCCGAAUGGAAGAAAAGCGAGAGGACUGAGCGAGAGAAGGCACUGUUACAGCAGAAGCAGUCCUUGACGAGGAAGUUUGAGAUGCAGAUAGAGGAACACCAGAAGAUGAUCCAGAAGGACAGUUUUUUGUUAGGCAAGGCCUACCAUGAUGAGAAACAAGAUUUUCUCAAUCAACACGAAGAGGACUUGGAAAGGAUAAACACUUUGAUGAAAAAGAUUGAUACUUUGGAGGAAGAGCUGAAGGAAAAGAAUGAGACUUUGAACUCCAUUGCUUCAACUCUUCAUAACACGGAGAUGGAGCUCCAACAUGAGAAAGCCGCAGCAGCUGUCACGGAGAAAACGGUCCUGCAGCGUAUCGCGGUGAUUGAGGAGAAGCAUCGCAUCCACAUGAACUCUCUGGUGGAAGAAAAUGUCGCUCUGAGGCGCAAGCUUCUUGAGAGGAACGAAGAGAUACUAAGCGAGCGGUCCCAAAGGAGUGACAUAUUUUAGCCGUGGGAAUGGGUUGGACAGCAAGGACCCUGUGUUUACUCCCCAGACCCUGCAACUGUGACAUCAAAGUUACGGCCUCGGAUGCAGCGCAGACGGCUUGACAGUGUUUAGCACUCGACUCUUUUGCUGUAUUUUGAAUCUGGCUUGGCUUCAUGAUCCUCCACUUAAGUAAAAGGCUGUCUAAGA